AUGGGCGGCAAGGGAGUCCGGGCAACCGCUGGGGCCGAAAAUGGGGUUCGUCCAAGUGAGAGCCGACGAGUCAGCGGCCCCUUUGCAUUGGCAAAGACACAUAGUGCAGGUGUCGAUCGUUUAAUGAAUCCGAACACCCUGGGGACGACCCUCCAAGCACGGCCGAUGUGA